UUGUGGUGAAACCUGGAUUCACACAUCAUUAGUGGGAGACAUGGAAUCCACAAGAGUUUUUGGAGCAAAACUUGGAUUUAAACUCUCUAUUCGUUCUCAGGCGAAUGUAUUGUCGUCAUGCAAACCCUUUCGUUUCCCGCCAACGUCAUUUCCCGGCAAGCCUCCCAAGCUUGUUCCUUUGAAGGCCACUACUAACACUCUGGCUUGUGAAGAUGAAAAUAAUCGCAAGUUCAAGAAGAUGGAGCCUUCAGAGUGGGGUCAUCAAUUCAUCGAUGCUCAUGUUGAUGUCGCUGAAAUGGAUUCGCUUGGUAGAGAAAUUGAAGCACUAAAGCCAAAAGUGGGGGACAUGUUCUUGUCUUCCAGUGACGUUGAUUCAACCAAGAAGAAUAUCCUUUUCAUCUAUUUGCUCAUGAGCCUUGGUGUCGCAUAUCAUUUCGAAGCUGAGAUAGAGGAGAAUCUUAAAGAGGGACUUAAAAGGAUUGAAGAGAUGUUGUCUGGUGAAGAUGAUUUGUACACAGUUUCCAUCAUCUUUUGGGUUUUCAGAUCAUAUGGUCACAACCUUUCUCCCGAUGUUUUUAAGAGAUUCAAAGGGGAAAAUGGAAAAUUCAAAGAAUGUCUUGCGGAGGAUACGAAGGGUAUCUUAAGCUUGUAUGAAGCUGCUCAGAUGGGAACAAUGACAGAAUAUAUAUUGGACGAAGCCUCGGGCUUUGUAUUGAGUUACUUAGAGCCGCUAGUUGCAAGUGGGACAUGCCAACCUCAUCUCUCCAGGCGUAUACAAAAAGCUCUGGGACAACCGCAACAUAGGAACAUGGAGAUAUUAGUUGCAAUGGAAUAUAUCCGGUUCUACGAACAAGAAGAAGACUAUGACAAGACGCUACUAAUGUUUGCCAAGCUUAACUUCAAAUACCUUCAGCUACAUUACCUUCAAGAACUCAAAGGCCUCUCAAAAUGGUACAAGGAGAAAGACUUCGAAUCUAACUUACCACCUUACUACAGAGACAGAUUUGUGGAAAUGCACGUCGUUGCGCUAGCAUACUUAGAGCCAAAUCACUCACAUAUGCUUCGUGAAGUUGAAAGCCUCGCUAAUGCAAUCGAAAGGUGGGAUCUCGAUGAUCCCAUGGAUGGCCAACCAAUUUAUUUGAAAUUUGUGGUUAAAUUUAUAUUCGAUACUUUCCAAGAGUUUGAAAGAGAAGUGGCAUCAGAAUUAGGAGGAUCUGACAGCUUAAAAGCUACAAUUGAGGAGUUCAAGAGACUCACGAGAGCCAAUCUCCAACUCGCUAAAUGGGCAGAAGCGGGUCAUGUCCCUAGUUUUGACGAGUAUCUAAAAGUUGCUGGAAUCGAGAUUGCUGUGGAUUUUACUUUAUUUGGUAUUUUGGUGGCUAUGAAAGAUAUCUGCAAGGAAGAAGCGGUUGCGUGGUUGAAAUCUAGAAACAAGCUUGCGGUAUUAAUGCAUACAGUAGGAAGAGUGAGGAAUGAUAUUUUUGGCUUAAAG